AUGCCUCCAAAGAAGAACGGCGGUAAGAACCAGCAAAAAGAGCUUGAAAAAAAGGCCAAACAGAAGUCUAAAGCCAAGAAUGCAGACGACAAAACGUUUGGUCUCAAGAACAAAAAUAAGUCCAAAAAGGUCCAGGAAUUUAUUACGCAGGUAAAAGCUGGUGUUCCUCCGGACCUCAAGAAACAACAAGAAUUGGCAAAACGGCGUGCCGCAGAAAAGAAGGCUGCAGACGAGGCUAAGAAGGAGGCAUUGAAGCUUCUUCAAGGUUCUGUCGGCACCCAAAAAGUGCCUUUUGGAGUGGAUCCAAAGAGUAUAUUGUGUGAGUUCUUCAAGCUCGGUACGUGUACAAGAGGGAAGAAUUGUAAGUUCAGCCAUGAUAUGAAUAUAGCCAGAAAAUCGGCCAAGAGAGACUUGUAUACCGACGACAAGGACGAUAAAGAAGAUAAACUUGCAGACACGAUGGACAACUGGGACGAAGAAAAACUUCGGUCUGUUAUCUCGUCUAAGCACGGUAACCCUAAAACCACCACAGACAAAGUGUGUAAGUUUUUUAUCCAGGCAGUCGAGGACGGGAAGUAUGGAUGGUUUUGGGUUUGUCCUAACAGUGAUCCAAAGAACAAAGUGGAAUGUAAAUACAGACAUUCGCUUCCUCCUGGAUUUGUUUUGAAAACGAAGGAACAACGAAGAUUGGAGAAGUUGGCUAUAGAAAACCAACCGAAGAUAACACUUGAGGAGUUCAUUGAAACGGAGAGAGAUAAACUUCCAAAAGGAAAUCUCACUCCUAUCAACCCUGAAACCUUUGCCAAAUGGAAGAAAGAACACAGACAGAAAAGACUCAACAUGCAGACAAAGGAUAAACCCCAACUCACCGGACGGGAAAUUGUUCUUAAGAGAUUCGAAGACAAGUUCCUCAGAGAAGAAGAAAUUGGAGCUGAUUACGGUACCGAAAUUGAUAUGUCUCAAUUCAAGAAAGCAGUUGAGGAUAUUCAAGAUGAGAACGAACCAAAGGUCAAAGAUUAUGGUGAUGGUACUGGUGCCUUUGCUGAUGCUAAUAGGAUAGACUGA